AUGGCUCCAGCUGUCCAGCCUCCUGCAUGUGGUCAUGGGGAGCGUGAGUGCAGCCCGCCUCCCUUCUGUCCUCAGUUUGACAAACCGCUCCAAACAGCUGGGAGAGCAUCACUUCAUCCAGGCCUGGCUCAGCACCAGCUCUGUGUCCGCUACUCAUACUCACACCUCCUUUCCUCUCCUCGCCGAGCCACGGACCAUGGUGCCAGGGCAGUCACAUAUUUUAACUUCUCCCGUGGUUCUCCCGUGGCUCUCCCGUCUGCUUUAUCGGUCAAAUGUGAGCGGAGACAGUCCCAGACGAAGAGCGCUGUGUGUUAUGUUUGUUGUGAGCACCUGCGAGGAGUCAGUGCCAGCUCCUGUUGA